AUGACAUCAACUACUAACCAUGGAGACAUCGACGAGUCCCAGGUGCCGGGCACUGUCCAGUUGGUCGACAUUGACGAGCACUUGGCAACUCGUCAUGCCAGGGGCCAUAAGGAUAUUAUUCUUGUCCCGACGCCAUCCGCUGAUCCGGAGGAUCCCUUGAAUUGGUCGCCGGGCAGGAAACGUCUGGCUCUGACUUGUAUCAUGUUAUAUACCUGGUUCGUUGGGAUGGCCCUGUCCGUCGUGUACUCGGUCUUGGUCCCUUUAUCCUCAGCGCUCGACGUGAGUGUAGCCAAUCUCAAUGCUGGAACUGGGUAUUUCUUCCUUCUCUGCGGAUGGGGUCUGUUGUUCUGGCAGCCUUUUGCUCUACAAUACGGCAAGAGAGUCACAUAUCUUAUUUCAACUAUUGCCAUGGUUGGCAUCAGCGUCUGGAGUCCUUAUGCUAAGGGAAAUGGCCAAUGGAUAGCGAGAAACAUCUUGAUCGGGUUCUUUGCAGCUCCCAUCGAGGCUCUUCCGGAGACCUCGAUCACCGACCUCUACUUUGCUCAUGAGCGUGGAAAAUAUAUGGGCUGGUAUGCAUGGAUGCUAGCGAACAGCAAUUUCUUCGCACCAGUUAUCACGGGCUUUAUCAACGACGGCAUCGGCUACAAAUGGUGCUUCUUCAUACACGCUGUUUUCUGUGCCGUCAUCUCCGUGUUUCUAUUCUUCUUCCUCGAGGAGACCAACUACGACAGAAAGACAGUCGGUGUCAUAGAAGGGAUCCAAGCAUCCUCUGCGGUUGAUUCUGAGGCCGCAAGCCCAUCGAACGAAAGCAAGUCGCUUCCAGAGAAAGGCCCCGGAGCAGGAACUCCUGAGAGCCCAGCUGCGGAACUAAGCACUCCGUACAAGCGCAAGACGUACCGACAAAAACUUGCCUUGUGGGAUAAGCCACGCCCUUUCAUGAUGGUUUGGCGUGCCGUGCAGAUUUUAAAGCUACUAUCAUGGCCGGUCAUCUUCUACGCCGGCUUCUCCUACGGCACGUACCUUGUGUGGUUCAACAUCCUAAACGCCACCGCUUCGAUUAUUCUCGGAGGUGAGCCUUACAACUUCAGCCCUGCAAUCGUUGGCUUAUGCUACCUGGCCUGCAUAAUCGGAGUCACUGUUGCCUCGCUCUUCUCCGGUGUAUUCUCCGACUGGUUUGUCAUUCGACUGGCGCGGCGGAACGGGGGCGUAUUCGAACCUGAACAGAGGCUCUGGCUGUUCGCGGCAGCCACCAUUAUCCUCCCCGCAGGGUCCAUACUCUGGGGUGUCGGUGCGGCACAUGGCGUACACUGGUUCGGCCUGUUGUUUGCCAUGUUCAUGAUCUCGAUAUGCAAUGGCUGUGGAGUGACACUGUCAUUGGCCUAUUUGGUCGACUCUUAUCGUGACCUUUCAGGUGAUGCGCUAGCGACUUGUAUCAUCAUUAGAAACACCAUGAGCUUUGCUAUUGGGUAUGGCAUCACGCCAUGGCUAGAAGCUCUGGGGUAUCAAAACUGCUUCAUCAGUGUGGCAUUUGUUGGACUGGCCGUCUGCUCAGUGUUUCUGAUCAUGAUCAAGUUUGGCAAGUCUGCCAGAGAACAGAAGAGGGCUCAGUACUGGCAUGAAGUAAGGAUCAGGAUCGAAAAAGGGCUUGUACAUUGA